GAUUGGCGGUGGCGCUGGGUUUGAAUGGUUGGCCGGGGCGGUUAGUAUCGUGCUGCCUGUUUAUGCGUCUGGCUCGUGCGGUUUGUCCGCGCUGCGCGGGGACCGGGCAGCGCCGAGUCUCGGCAGCAACAAGCCGACGAUGGCUGCAGAGCUGCUGCGCAGGGGAGCCGCCGCUGCCUGCGGACUGAGCCCGGCCGAGAGCCCGGGGCGGCGGAGGCGGCGCUGGGCUGGCCGGGAGGAGGAGGAGGAGAAGGACCCCGCCGUGCUGACUCUCACCCACUUCUCCCGGCCGCCCUUCCUCAGCUUCGGCAGCCUCCGGCCCGGCGCCUCCUGCACCCGGCUCCUGGCCGUAGAUAACCCCAACCCGGAGGAGGCUGAUGUGGUUAUCGACCGCUUCCCGGCUCCCUCCACAGGCUUCAGCCUGGAGCGCCGAAGCUUCCUCAUCCAGUCUGGAGAAAGAAUCUUUAUUUCUAUCACAUGGACGCCAUUAGAAGAAGGAAAAGUCCGAGAACUGGUAACUUUUAUUGUUAAUGGCAUUGUAAAACAUCAGGCUGUGUUGUUGGGUGUUGCUGAGCAGCCUCUGAAGAAAAAGAAGAGUCUUUGGGAUGCUAUUAAAAAGAAAAAUACUUCAGAAGGAUCAGUUUCUACAAGAGCUAAGAAAAAACAUUUAAAUGUUAAAAAUGUUAACAAAACUUUUCGUGUUUCCAAAAAAACAGAUACAGUUAGAAGCCCACUCCAAUCCUGUGAAAAUUUGGAUGUGAUACGAGGUAGCAUGUCCCCCCCAAAAAACUCGCUUAUCACUUUAGAAAACAAACUGCCUAUAUCUCCUAUCAGUCCUGUAUUGCAAGAACAUCAUGAUACCAUUUGCACACCUCUUUCAAUGAGAAGAUCUACUACAUACUCAGUUCUUGGUACAGUGGUAAAUGAUGAAUUAUUGCAAGAAAUACACACAUGUAACAUCAAGAAACUUCAUAAUCCUAAUGAGGAAAUAAAAUCCUCAAGUAUACACAGUUCUCCUUCUGGAUUAGUACAAGCACACAGAUCAAAUACACAUUCACCUGUUUGUGCUCUGGAAUGGACGGCAGCCUUGCAUUCCUCUUUGACUCAAAGGAGAAUUUUAAGUCCAGAUUCUUUUAUAAAUGACAGUUAUCAACUUAAUGUAGAAGUUGUAGCAGAGCAAGUUGCUCCCAUAUUGUCACCCGAUCAGUUUGUAAAAGACAACUUAGCUAUAGAAUCAGUGUCUCAAGUCCACAUAUCUGUUUCACCAUCCUCUUUAUCCUCCAGUGUGGAGACUUGUAUCACAGAGAAGUCGUCAUCUUCAAAAUGGAAAGAAAAUGAAAAAAUGCAGUUCAUAAGUGUAUCUGUAGAACAUAAGUUUCCAAAUGAUGUCCUUGAUGAGACGCCUAUAGCGAAAUCUCAGUUACUUCAUUGUACCAAACCUGAACAAAAUCAUCUCAAUUUUCCUCUUUCUGAUGAGGACCUUCAGACUCGCAGUUGCUCCCAAAGAGAACAACCAAAAAAACGUCCUGUGCUUUCUGCUACUGUCAUCAAAAAUAAGUCGUCUGCUGCUGAAAGAAAAAGAAUGGAGACAACUAAGCCAAAAUCUAGAAAAUCUCUUAAUAUGAUAAGGGAAGGAGUAAGUAUGGUUCCUAGACAUUCAAAGUUAGAAAUACUCCAGAACCUUCCAGUUAUAGAUCCCAUCUCAGGUGAAACCAAAGAUGAAAUAUAUUCAUCUUCCAUUGGAUCUACUUUACGUAGUCGUAAGAGGAAAAAUGAAGUAUACUUGGAAGAUAUUAAGGCUACAGCUACAGAAUAUGUGGAAGAAACAGAAACCAAAAGAAUCUUUACAUCUUGUGUUGACAGUAAAAUAAAAACUACUGUAAGACCAUCGGUCUCUAAGCACAUAAGCAGAGAGAAAUUAAACCACAGAAAGAAAACUGGUUCUUCGUCUAAAACUAUCAACAAAACUACUAAACCCAUUGAUGGUGUGGCACAGUCUCAGCUGACCUUCAUAAAACCAUUAAAAACAGUCAUUCCUAGGCAUCCAAUGCCUUUUGCUGCUAAAAACAUGUUCUAUGAUGAGCGCUGGAAGGAAAAACAGCAGCGAGGCUUUACCUGGUGGCUGAAUUUCAUCCUUACACCUGAUGACUUUACUGUAAAAACAGAGAGUUCACAAGUAAAUGCAGCUGCACUUAUCUUGGGAGCAGAAAAUCAUCAUAAAGCCAGUGUUCCUAGAGCACCAACAAAAGAGGAAAUGUCCCUGAGAGCUUAUACUGCUCGAUGCAGGUUGAAUAAACUACGACGUGCAGCAUGCCGUUUGUUUACCUCUGAAACAAUGGUUAAAGCUAUUAAGAGACUGGAGUUUGAGAUUGAAAGUAGACGUUUGCUAGUUCGGAAAGAUAGGCAUCUCUGGAAAGAUAUUGGAGAAAGACAGAAAGUCCUCAACUGGCUUUUAUCUUACAACCCUUUGUGGCUACGCAUAGGUCUGGAAACUAUUUAUGGAGAACUGAUUGCUUUGGAGAGUAAUAGUGAUAUUAUGGGUUUGGCAAUGUUUAUUCUCAGUCGCCUACUUUGGAACCCUGAUAUAGCAGCUGAAUACAGACACCCCACUGUACCUCACCUUUAUCGGGAUGGUCAUGAAGAAGCUUUGUCUAAAUUUACAUUGAAAAAAUUGCUGCUGUUAGUUUGCUUUCUUGAUCAUGCCAAACAGUCUAGAAUCAUUGACCAUGACCCUUGCCUCUUCUGCAAGGAUGCAGAGUUCAAGAAUAGUAAAGAUGUUCUACUGGCAUUUUCACGAGACUUCCUGAGUGGUGAAGGUGACCUUUCCCGUCAUCUUGGCUUCCUGGGAUUACCUGUUAGUCAUGUUCAGACACCACUUGAUGAAUUUGACUUUGCUGUUACAAAUCUAGCUGUAGACUUGCAAUGUGGCAUUCGUCUUGUGAGAACAAUGGAACUCCUCACAAAAAACUGGAGUCUCUCAAAGAAGCUAAGAGUUCCUGCAAUAAGUCGUCUCCAGAAGAUGCAUAAUGUUGAUGUUGCCCUUCAUGUUCUUAAAGAGCGGGGAAUUCAGUUGAAAGAUGAAUGUGGUGCUUCAAUCGAGUCUAGGGAUAUUGUGGACAGGCACAGAGAGCGAACUUUAGCACUGCUGUGGAAAAUUGCCUUUGCUUUCCAGGUGGAUAUUUCCCUUAAUGUGGAGCAGUUAGAAGAAGAAAUUUCUUUUUUAAAGAAUACACACAAUAUUAAGACAAAAAUGGCUACUCUAGUGUCCUGCUCUAAUCAAAGUAAAGUGAGAAAAACCAGCAGUACUUACUCAUCUGAAAGUUACAGCGAAAAUGUGAAGCUGCUGAUGGAUUGGGUCAAUGCUGUUUGUGGGUUUUACAAUACUAAGGUAAGUAGUCCUGUUUUUUUGUGUAUAUAUUUCCAGGUUUUGUACAUCUGCAAGUACAUUUUCUUCACAUUUUUGACGCUGGUUGUUAUUACCUAUCUGUCGUUUCUGUGUUCACGGCUUCUAGAUCUUCGAAAAGAGACUCGAGCUGCUCGGCUAAUUCAGUCAGUUUGGAGGAAAUACAGACUGAACACAGAGCUAAAACUCCAUCAGGAAAAAGACAAAGCUGCUCGGAUUAUUCAAUCAACUGUAAUAAAUUUUCUGUCUCACCGGCGCAUCCAGAAAAAAGUUAACGCAGCAAUUUUCAUUCAGAAACACUGGAGAAGAUAUUUAGCUGAGAGGAAAACUUUGAAAUUAAAAAAGGCAAAACUGGAGGAAACUAAAAGUGAAUCUGCUACAGUCAUCCAGACUUACUGGAGGAGAUUCUCUGCUAGAAAAAGAUAUUUGCAGCUAAGAUACUAUGCUAUCCUUGUGCAAGCUAGGAUAAGAAUGUUGAUUGCUGCUGCUGCAUAUAAACGACUUCUUUGGGCAACUGUUACAAUUCAGAGACAUUUCCGUGCUUCCUUGGUGGCAAAACAAGAUCAGCAAAGAUAUGAAACUUUAAAGUCGUCUUCACUUGUCAUUCAAUCUGCAUUUAGAAGAUGGAGAAAACACAAAAUUGAGCAGAAAAUUAAAGCUGCAAUAGUGUUGCAAACUACUUUCCGAAAAUGGCAAGCCUCAAAAUUAGCUAAGAGAGAGCAAGCUGCUGUUGUCAUACAGUCUUGGUAUAGAAUGCAUAAAGAUUUGAAGCAGUAUUUACAUGUUAGAAAAAGUGCUAUCCAGAUUCAAGCCUGGCUUAGAUGUGUUCAGGCUAAACAUGUUUAUGAGGAAAAAACAUGCAUACUGAUGAUUCAAAAGUAUUACAGAGCUUAUCGGUUGGGUAAAAUUCAAAGAGAAAACUAUUUGCAAAAACGUGCAGCAGUUACAGUCCUCCAAGCUGCUUUUAGAGGCUGGAAAACUCGUCUGUUAUAUAGACAAAUAAAAGCAGUCUAUGUUGUUCAAUCACAUUGGAGAAUGAGACAAGAGCAGCGAAGAUUUUUACUCAUGAAACAGUCUGUUGUUACAUUACAGUCGCAUGUGAGAAAAUAUCAACAACUAAAAAGAUACAAAGAGACUAAAAAUGCUGUUUGCAUAAUUCAAACUCGAUACAGAGCACAUGUUUCAUCUAAAAAUGCUGUCUCUUCUUUCCAGAAAAUGCGCCUUGCUGCCAUUGUGCUACAAUCUGCCUACAGAAGAAUGCAAGCUAGGAAAGAGGCCCACAUAUUGAGAUCUGUGGUGAAAAUUCAGUCAAGUUAUCGUGCUUAUGUUGCCCAGAAAAAAUUUGAAAAUUUAAAAGCUGCUGCAGUGAAGAUUCAGGCUUUUAUAAAGAUGAUACAAGCACGUAAACAUUACCAUGCUUUAAGGGAGGCAGCACUCUGUGUUCAACGAAGAUACCGUUCCCAAAAAUACAUCCUUCAACUUAAAGAAGAAUAUAGGAAACUGAAGGAAGCUUGUGUCAGAGUUCAAGCUGUAGUGCGAGGGCAUCUGAUCAGAAAACAAGUACAAAGCUGGAGAGAGGCUGCAACCUUGCUCCAGGCUUACUACAGAAUGAAAAGGGAUAGGCAACGUUAUUUGAGGGUGUAUACCGCUACUGUUAUCAUUCAGAAUCGUUAUUGUGCAUACCAAGAGCAAGUCCGUCAGAGGCAGAAAUUCUUGAAAGUCAAAAAGGCAGUUGUCUGCUUGCAAGCAGCCUACAGAGGUUAUAGAGUACGCAAAAUGCUUAAACUUCAGUAUACAGCCACUGUUAAAAUCCAGACAGCUUUUAGAGCUCAUGCUGCAAGAAUGAAAUAUCAAGCAAUGAUUCAGGCCUCUAUUGUGAUUCAGAGGUGGUACAGAGCCUACAAAACGGGUUACAAAGUGAGACUGAGCUUCUUAAAAAGAAGAGCAGCUGUGAUUUCUCUUCAAGCAGCUCUUCGUGGUUGGCAAGUACGAAAACAGGUUCAAAGGCAACAUGCUGCUGCAGUUACAAUACAAACUGCCUUUAGAAAGUUCCAGGCUCAAAGAUUCAGGCUUAUAAACAGUGCUGUGCUAACUAUCCAGCGGCAUUAUAGAGCCAGUAUUGUAGGUAGAAAACAGCGGCAAGAAUAUAUGGAAUUGCAUAACUGCAUUGUACAGCUCCAGGCACUUUGGAGAGGAAGAACUGUGAGAAAACAAAUUCAAAGGAAGCAUCAAUUUGCAGUAAUCAUACAAUCCUAUUACAGAAUGCAUGUAAAUCAAUCAAAGUUGAAAACUUUGAGACAAGCUGUCUUAGUGAUUCAGAGACACUACAGAGCUUACUGUAUGAAAAAGGAACAACGUACACUUUAUCUAAAAACAAAAGCAGCUGCCUUAGUCUUGCAAGCUGCUUUUCGUGGGAUGAGAGUGAGGAAACAAUUAUGGGAACUCAACAAAGCUGCUACUAUUAUACAAGCAACCUACAAAUCCUAUGUAGUAAAAACAAAAUAUGCAGCACUUAAAGCUAUGACUAUCCUGGUUCAAAGGCGGUAUCGUGCAGUUGUUCAAGCUAAGUAUCAAAAGCAGGAAUAUCUGUCUUUAAAGAAUGCAGUUGUUAAAAUUCAGGCUAUUUAUAGAGGUAUAAAAGUAAGACGACAAAUUCACUGCAUGCAUCAGGCAGCUAUUUCAAUUCAAGCCAUGUUUAAGAUGCAUCGUAUAAACAUUAGAUAUCGUGCAGUGAAACUGGCAGCAACUGUAAUUCAAAUUAGAUAUAGAGCAUUUUGUCAAGGGAGAGUGGAACAUAAAAAAUACUUAAUGUUACAGAGAUCAUCCCUUGUCCUUCAGGCUGCCUAUAGAGGCAUGAAAGUUCGAAGAAAGGUAAGAAUUAUGCAUCAAUCUGCAACAAUAAUACAGUCAUAUUAUCAAAUGCACAGACAACAAAAAGAUUUCAAAAAGUUAUCCAUGGUAACUAAACAGAUACAGCAGUGGUAUCGUGCUUGCAAAGAACGAAAUGUUCAAGUACAUAAAUACAGGAUUAUGAAGAGGGCCAUACUCUGUAUCCAGGCUGCGUUUCGCGGCAUGAAAACCAGGAGACAUUUGAAAAUGAUGCAUGUAGCUGCAGCCUUUCUUCAAAGGAGAGUUAGAUCCUUUCUUAAAAGGAAAAAAUAUAUUUCUCUUAGGGUAGCUGCUGUUACGAUUCAGAGAAAAUAUAGAGCAACAGCACAUGCAAAGCAACAGCACCAAGAAUAUCUUCAUCUCCGAAAGGCUGCUGUUACCAUACAGUCUGCUUAUAGAGGCUUUGUGGUAAGGAAAAAGAUGCAACAGAUGCACAGGGCUGCUACAGUUAUCCAAGCAGCUUUAAGAAUGUAUAGAAUGUGUAUUUCCUAUCAGUCUGUCAAAUUUGCUUCAAUAACUAUACAACAACAUUACCGAGCUUACAAGGAGGGAAAACGUGUGAGAGAAAUGUAUUUAAAACAGUACAACUCUGUUUUAGUUCUUCAGACUGCCUAUAGAGGAAUGAAAACAAGACGGCUCCUAAAGAAAAAACAUAAUGCUGCCACCAUUAUACAAAGCAAUUAUCGAAUGUACAGGCAAAGUUGUUAUUACAAAAAAGUACAGUGGGCAACCCAAGUAAUACAGAAAAGAUACAGAGCCAGUAAACUGAGAGAAAUUGCAGUACAGCAGUACUCUUCUAUGAAGAAAGCAGCAACUUGCAUCCAGAGAGCUUUUCGAGAGAUGAGGGCAAGAAAAAAACAUCAAGAAAUGUGCCAUGCUGCUGCUGUUCUUCAGAGACGUUUUAAAACAUUUAAAGAACGACAAAGGUAUCUUUCCCUUAAAGCUGCUGCUGUUGUCCUUCAGAGAAGAUACAGAGCUUUAAUUUUGGUAAGACGGCACACUCAGGAAUACCUUUCUUUUCGUAGAGCAGUUAUUCGUAUACAGUCUCUGUACAGGGGUAUUCAAACAAGAAGAAACAUUCAGCAUAUGCAUUUGGCUGCCAGCACAAUACAGUCAGCAUUUAGAAUGCAUAGGAUUAAAAUCUCCUACCAGAGAAUGAAAAUUGCAGCUGUAGUCAUACAGAAUUAUUACAGAUUCUAUGUUAAAGGAAAAGUUCAACGGAAGAGAUAUCUGACAAUUCAGAAAUCUGUGCUGGUCAUUCAGGCUGCUUAUAGAGGCAUGAAAGCACGACAAGAACUGAAAAUCAUGCAUGCAUCAGCAACUAUAAUACAGUCUCUUUAUCGUAUGCACAAACAGCAUAAUCAUUAUAAACAGUUACGCUGGGCAGUCAGAGUUGUACAGCAAAGGUUCAGAGCUAACAGGGCAAGAGGAGCUGAAGUAAAAAACUAUACCAAAAUUAAAAAGGCUGCCCUUUGUCUUCAGUCUGCUUUUCGUGCUAAAAAAGCUAGGCAGUUGGCUACAAUCAUUCAAGCAGUUCGGCGUAUUCAAUCAGUCUUACAGAUGUACUUAGACAGGAGACGUUUUCUUAAGAAGAAGACGGCAGCAAUAACAAUUCAGUCGGCGUUCCGAUGCCAUAGAAUGAAGACUCGCUACAAAGCAAUUCGGGAUUCAACAGUUGCGAUUCAGCGAUGGUACAGAGCCUGUCGAAUGGCUCGUUUACAGAAAGCUGAGUACUCUGCCCAAAGGCAAGCCAUAAUAAUUAUUCAGUCUGCCUAUCGUGGAACAGUAAUAAGAAAAAUGGCAAAGCAAAAACGUGCUGCAAGAAAGAUUCAGUCUUUUCUUCACAUGGCUGUGCAUCGAAGAAAAUUUCUUCGACUCAGAGCAGCAGCUGUUACGUUGCAGACUUACUACUUGAUGAAUAAAACCAAAUUACAGUAUAUGACCUACAGAAAGGCUGUAUUUGUAUUACAGCAGCACUAUAGAUCAUAUUUAGCUAUGAAACACCAAAGAGGAGCUUACUUAAGAACCCGGAAGAGCAUUAUAAUUAUACAGUCUAGAAUCAGGGGAUUCAUCGAGCGGAGAAAGAUUCAGAAAAUUAAACAAAGCACAAUAAAAAUUCAGGCUUUAUUUAGGGGUUUUAAAGCCAGGCAGUUGGCUGGUAAAAUGAGAGCUGCACGAACAAUUCAAGCCUGGUUCAGAAGAUACAGAGCACGAAAAGAAUAUACAGCUGUGGUAAAAGCUACUUGUGUCAUUCAAGGUUAUUUCAAAAGCAAACGGCAGAGGACCUGGUUUUUGAAAAUGAAGGCCUCCACAGUUACUAUUCAGAGGAGAUGGAGAGAAACCCUUACUGCAAAAACAAUUCUGCUACAAUUCCUAGCAACCAAGGAAGCUGCAGUUAAGAUUCAAUCAGGUUACAGAAGAUACAGUACUAGGAAACAGAUUAAAAAGAAGCAGCAGGCUGCAUGUUUGAUUCAGGCAGCUUAUAGAGGCUUCAAAGAAAGACACAAGUUUCAUCAACAAAAAGCUGCUGCUUUGGUCAUCCAGAAACAUAUACGAGCUAGGCAAGAAGGAAGACUUGAAUGCAUAAAAUACAUCAAAACUAGAAAAGCUGCUAUUAAACUGCAAGCAUUUUUCCGAGGGUGGCUAGUGAGAAAAAAGAUUUUAGACCAGAAACAGAAGAAGCGGCUGCUUUGUUUUUCAGCUGCUGCAUAUCAUCAUCUCUCUGCUAUUAAAAUUCAGAGAGCAUUCAGAAUUCACCUUGUAUUGAAACAUGCACAAAUGCAGAUCUCUUCCGUCCUAUGUGUUCAGAGGUGGUUUCGAGCAAGACUUAAACAAAAAAAAAGUCUACAGGAUCAUCAGAAAAUCAUUAAAAUACAGCGAAUGGUUCGAAGAUGGCUGAAACAGAGAAAUGAGGCUGCAACCACAAUCCAAAGAGCUGUACGAAAAUUCCUUUUCUACAAACACAGAAGAAAGCUGAAGAAUGGAAUAAUUAAAUUUCAGGCAUUGUGGAGAGGAUAUUCUUGGAGGAAGAAAAAUGACACAGCAAAAACUAAAGCGUUACGAUGCAGUUUGGAAAUGGCUAACAAAGAGAGCAAAGAAGAAAACAAACUCUGUAACAGAACUGCAGUUGCCAUUGACUAUCUCCUAAAAUACAAACAUAUUUCUUACAUUCUUGCAGCGUUAAAACAUCUAGAGGUUGUUACCAGGCUCUCCCCUCUUUGUUGUGAAAAUAUGGCCCAGAGCGGAGCAAUCUUCACUAUUUUUAUUCUGAUCCGGAAUUGCAACCGCAGUAUCCCCUGUAUGGAAGUUAUCAAAUAUUCAGUUCAAGUCCUGCUUAAUGUUUCAAAGUAUGAAAGAACUACUCAAGCAGUUUAUGAAGUGGAAAAUUCUGUAGAUACAUUACUGGACCUACUGCAGAUGUACAGAGAAAAGGCUGGUGACAAAACUUCAGAGAAAGGUGGAAGCAUUUUCACAAAAACAUGUUGUUUGUUGGCCAUUCUUUUAAAGGAUUCAAAGAGAGCUUCUGACAUCCGAAGCACAUCUAGAGCUGCUUCUCGUAUUCAUAGCUUAUAUAGACUUACCGCUCGUAAACACAAAAUGGAUGCUGAAAGAACUCUUUCCAAACACAAGAUGCACACAUCCAUGAAUGGGAGUUUCUUUGUUCCCGUAACUCCUGUACGAACAAAAGUAGUUUCACGAAUUAAACCAGACUGGGUUUUAAGGAAAGAUAACAUGCAAGAAAUUGUAGAUCCUCUGCAAGCUAUUCGAAUGGUAAUGGAUACACUUGGUACCGCCUACCACUAAAAUGUAGAUACUAUCUUUGAAAAUGUGUGUGUAUAUAUGUGUGUAUUCAAAAUGGUUAAAUGCUUUUAAGGGGGGAAACAAAUUAGUGUCAAAAGUGAUUACUUAAAGAUGCAAAUUUACUCCACAAUUGUCAUUUUAUUUUGUAUUAUGUACAGGUUUUUUUUUUUACGCUACUUUGUACUAAUGCCUAAAGCAAUUGUACAAUAAAAUACUGAACUGCUUUGAA